CAGUUAAUCACGCUUUUACCAAAUACAGGUUUGCACGCGUAUUUAAAUUAAAUUUACAUUAACAAACAAUAAUAAAUCAUACUAAUCUGCAGAUUCUGCAUCAUGAAGAAUUUGAGGAGGGCUGCAAAGCAACUUGCAAUGGUCCAUAUGAUGGAAAAUGGAGUAAAACCAUGGUGGGCUUUAGACCAGAAGAUGACCACUUUGUUGCAGAGUUGACCUAUAAUUAUGGAGUGGGUGAAUAUUGCCUUGGCAAUGAUUUUCUGGGUCUUACUCUGCAGUCCAGUCAGGCUGUGAGUAAUGCAAAGAGGUUAAACUGGCCUCUAAAACAAGUCGAAGAGUCUCUCUACAUGACUGAAGCUCCGGGAGGAUACCGCUUUUACCUUAUAGACAAGGAACUGCCGAACUGUGAUCCUGUCCAGAAAGUCUCUCUGGCAGUGUCUGAUCUGCAGCGUUCUGUUCAUUAUUGGUCUGCUCUGCUCGGAAUGAAGGUUAUUGAGAAAAACGAGGACAAAAAGAUUGCCUUAAUGGGAUUCUCAGAUAAUCAGUGUAAGCUGGAGUUACAGGACAUUGGAGGCGGGACUGUUUUUGGAAGGAUCGCAUUCGCUUGCCCUCGGGAUCAGGUCAGCUAUUCCAACAUCAGCCAACAAUAUCCUGUCUACUAG